AUGGCUGAAUCCAUCUGCACAUUAUUACGGCUAUUAUCCCUGUUGUCCAUUCACACUCUGUGUGUGUACGCCGAGGGUUUUGCACUUUCGCCUAUUGAACUUUCUCCCAUCCCCUGUAAUGACAAAGCAGUGGCGAAGCUAUCUCGUCUGGCUGUAACUUACAUCAAUGAGGAUCGCCCCGAUGGCUACAAGUUUGCUCUCAACCGCAUUGCAAAUGUCCACCUGCACGCUCAGGGCCCAGCAGGCAAUGUGUAUUACCUGGACCUGGAUGUCCUGGAGACCAAGUGUCACAUAGGCAGCCCAAAACCAUGGAGACAAUGUGAUGUCAGACCAUUCAUGGAAACACAAAUCUCUGGCAACUGUAACACCACCAUUCUCCACACACCAGAGAGAUACUCCUACCUGUAUAGCUACGACUGCACUCUUGUCCCAGAUCCCCCAGAGAAGCUCCAGCAGACCUGUCCAACCUGCCCUCUCCUGCUCCCUGUAGAUAGUCCACAGGCUGUGAACGCUGCCCAGGCCACUUUGGCAUCCUAUAAGAGACAGUCCACACUGGGUGCAGAGCUCGGAGUAAAGAAGAUCACCAGAGCUGCAGCGCAGGUUGUGCCAGUGAAAGCCAGCUUUGUGGAGUACACCGUCCAACAGUGUCCAGAGGGAGUGGCAGAAAGAGGCACCUGCCGGCGACUGACAGUCAAGUCUGACACAGAGACUGCAGGUUUCUGUUCAGGAUCUGUGCACGGAGACUUAAGCCUCCAUCCUGAUGUCCGGGUGUCCUGUGAGAUGUUCAAAGCAGAGGAUCUGGACAUCUUCAGACCCGUGCAGACUCAGGGUCACAAACUCCCCCAAGACCAUGCGAUCCCAACCUCCCCCACUCUGUUCGGUGACCCAGGAAAUGAUCUGCUGCCCGUUCCCUCUGACACCACACUGCCCCCUGCUGUUCAACCACUGCCGUUUGACCCCCCCGUUGUGGUAAACCCUUUUAUUCCCCUCAGCUCAUCUUCCAGUGAGUCUGCUGAAGAUGUAGUAAACCAGCAACAGCGACCCCCAGGUGCUGGUCCUUCUGCUUCAUCCUCUGAAGAGAUAGGAGGCCCCGUGGCACUACGACCACCCAUUGACUUCCACUACAAGAGGCGUGACCGCAAGAGACGGCAGGCCCUGGCGGAGACCUCACCCUCUCACAACCCAACCUUCCUGUCUGAUUUCCCCAGUGGGUCUUCUCCUUUCCGCUCCUGUCCUGGUCCUGCUCGCUACACCACAGUUUAA